AAUGUUGUAAAUGAUGUUAAUGGCAAACCACAACAACAUUGUGCAUCUUAUUUGAUGUUAAUAAGCAUCUGCCUGAAGAAACAUGAAUGAUGAAGGUCCAUCAGAUUCCGAGAACGGUUUUGACGCAAGAAAUCAAGGUAACAAAAAUGAGUCCCCACCAAGACUACAGACAGCAGGAAUCUUUGGGAAUGUGCAAAGGCUUCAUCCAACCCAUCCUGAGAAUCUCCUGAGACUCCAGCCAGCGAGACCGUCAGACAACGCUCCUCGGCUUCAGUCAGCAAGAUCUUUGGACAAUGCUCCAAGGUUCCAAGUAGCAAGAUCAUCAGAGAAUACUCCAAGGUUCCAACUUGCAAGAUCGUCAGAGAAUGUCCCCCGGCCUCAAGCAGCAAAAUCUACAGAGAAUGCUCCUCGACCUCAAAUGUCAAGACCUUCAGAGAAUUUACAAAGGCCACAGACAAUCUGGCCCUCUGAGAAUGUUCCUAGACUUCAGUCAGGUCAACCAACAGAGAAUGUUCCAAGACUGCAGCCAGUAAGGCCUUCAGAGAAUGUUCCUCCAGAAAUCAGUGUCUAUGACUGUAACAGUGAGGAAGAGGAUGAGGCUGUCCAACCCCCUCCUUCUAGGAAGCGGGCAGCUCUUUCCCCUCUCAAGCCACUUAAUCCCACUGUUUCCAAGACUGUCGAGUCCAGUCAGCCCACCAAAGCCAAAGUCAAGUAUAUGGGCUCAGUCAGUGGUCCCAGUGGACUGUCUGUAAGGCAAGAAUCUAUUGCUGGGUCCAAAGACUCACCAGAACAAAAAGAGAAUAAUGCCAUUUAUUAUGUAUUCAGUCAGAGACUCCUGCAGUUAUGUGAUCAGGUGCCAAAGAUACCUAAAAGGGCCAGUAUGGUACACACCUUGAUUGAAGCAUAUGAUCUACUGGAUCAUGUGACCCUAAUCACUCCGGAGUUUGCCACAAAAGACGAGCUGUUAGCCUUCCACUCCCAGGAGUAUAUUGAGUUCCUAGAGAGGGUCAACUUGGAGGAGGACUCAGAGAAAGAUGAGGAACUCAAACAACAGUUUGGCUUAGGUUAUGACUGCCCAAACCUGCCAUUAGUGUAUGACUUUGUGAGACUGGUUGCGGGUGCAUCUCUCAGCUGUGCCAAAGCUUUAAUUCAACAGAAAUGUAGGAUUGCAAUCAAUUGGAAUGGAGGCUGGCACCAUGCAAGGAGAGAUGAAGCAGCUGGAUUCUGCUAUGUCAAUGAUAUUGUUCUUGCCAUCCUAAAACUCAAGGAGCAUUUCAACCGUGUUCUCUACAUUGAUUUGGAUCUACAUCAUGGUGAUGCUGUAGAUGAUGCGUUUAUCUUCACUCCCAAAGUGAUGACUGUCUCUCUUCACAAACACUCACCAGGGUUCUUUCCAGGUACUGGUAGUUUGAAUCGAGUAGGAGGGGGAAGGGGAAAGUUCUACACUGUCAGCGUUCCUCUCAAAGAUGGUAUCAAAGAUGAACAGUACUCUGAUCUCUUCACAAGGGUUAUGGAGCAAGUACGUGUGAAGUUCCAACCCAGCGUGGUAGUGGUCCAGUGUGGAGCAGAUACACUCUCAUCUGAUCCUAUGCAAUCCUUUAACCUUACCCCCCUAGGGGUGGGGCAGUGUGUGUCCAGGGUACUGUCAUGGAAACUACCAACUCUCCUAUUGGGUGGGGGAGGUUAUAACAUGGCCAAUACUGCUAGAUGCUGGUCCUAUCUAACAGGUCUGGUACUAGGAAAGAAGCUACCGUCAGAAAUACCAGACCAUGAGUUUUUCUUGGAGUAUGGACCUGGUUAUCAACUAGAGGUUUGUCCUGCUCACUAUACAAACUGCAACUCAGUGGAAUACAUGGAGACAAUUGCCAAGGCUAUCACAAAAAAUUUAGAGAAUGUGAGAUGAGUUCGUGGUGAAGCACCAAAUAACCAAAGAUGCUGUGGAAUGGAUGUGCUAUAGAGGAUUUCAGUAUGAAUAUACUGGGUAACUCGUGUAUGGUGGAUGAAUCAGUUUGCUGGAAAUAUGGCGUAUAUCAUGGCAUGUACAACUGUAUGCUGAAUUGCAGAAUGAACCUUUUUUAGCUUUAGGGCAUUGAAUAUUUAGAUGAUGCAACUUCAAGGGCAAAACUUUCUGACUUCAGUGAGAGAAAACCUUCAGGUUUGUUCAGAUAUUAUUCAGCAAGUCUAAGUCGACUGUGUGAAAAGUAUAAGGUUUAACUUUUCCUUGAUGCUGUAACACAUAGCUCUGUGUAAAUGUAUCCUUUGUUUUUACACAGUGAAGAAAAACGUGACUUUUGGACUUAGGUUUCCACUAACUAUGAGGAAAGCAUGAUUAUAUGUUUACUUGGAAGUAAGCAACUAGAUGACCAAUGGACUUUGUUCCUCUUAUUGGGAUUUGAUUCACUGUAUCAAUUUGCCAUGAUUAAAUACUUAAAAUAAUUGCUCAAACGGUCAUAGAAUGGAAUUAAGUCUUAUCCCUACCAUGAACUUGAAAAAUGCUAUUUUUACUCUCAUCCUGUGCAAUUAAUUUAACAAUGUAUUUUAUAUGCACCCAACAAAAAAUUAUGGAGAUGUAGUAUCAUUUCACUUUUACCAAUUAGUUGUGUACGAAUAGAGAGAUAAGGUAACAUGGUUUUUAAAAAGUGUAUUAAAUGUUUUAUUCUCUUUUAAACCCAGUGAUGACAGGCUAGUUUUUUAUCAGAUUUCUUUUAUCCACUUUUCACCUUUCAAUGUAAUUUUAAUUAGAUAAAACAGGUGGAUAAAAUAUUACUUUUAAUCACAAAACGGCUUUUAUAAUUCAAUGUUCGAUAUAGAAAUUGUAUACAUUUCAUUAUUUUUUAAAUGUCACGUUUGAAGAAAUAUUUCAUGUAAUCUGAUUCUGAUCCACAAUAAAGGUUGAACAGUUUUAUAUCAUUAUAUAAUCUCCCUUGAAAGGGGAUAUUUAAGUCAUACAUACAAUUAUUUUGAAUGAUUCUUGCACCUUUGCAUAGUGAACAUUGAUGUGUGAAUGCUACUUAAAUUCAAAGCCCAAAUUACUUUAAUAUCAAUUGAAUGUUCAUAUUUAUUGUGGGCAAAGCAUUGAAAACACAUAAAUUCAUAUAUGUAUUAACACAAGAAAGAAACAUUUGAAGUAAAAACAAAUUCGAAAAUGGUAUUUUCUUUUCACGAUGAUAAUGAAAUCAAUACCGGUGUGUUCGCUCAGUUGGUAGAGCGUCUGUCUCACAACCGGGAGGUCGGGGGUUCAAACCCAGGCGGCGUCA